AUGAUGGAGCACCCUCUGCCAAUCACCCUCUCUCUCCCAUCCUCUCACUCUCAUUCUCUCACCCACGUCCUCUCACUCCCAUCCUCUUGCUCCCAUUCUCUCGCUCCCAUCCUCUCGCUCCCAUCCUCCCGCUCCCAUCAUCUUACUCCCAUCCUCUCACUUCCAUCUCAAACUCCUAUCCUCUCAAUCACAUCCUCUCACUUCCAUCCUCUCACUCAUCAUCCCCUCACUCCAAUCUCUCACUCCCAUCCUCUCACUCCCAUCGCCUCCCUCCCUCCCACAGCCUCCCUCCCACAGCCUCCCUCCUACCGCCUCCCUCCCACCGCCUCCCUCCCACAGCCUCACAGGGCCACGAUCAUGCCGGAGGGGUCGCACGUGAGGCCCGUGGCACUGCUGCAGUCCGGACUCGCGCCACUCCACCCGGGGAUGCUCUGCCCCCAUGCGGCCUGGCACUCCUGCAGGAAUUGUGCUGCAAUGAAUGAGUGGCAGAGGUUGGGGGCAGAGGGGCGAAGCAGGGUGGAGGAGAGUGAGGGGCCUGGCCUACACGACAUAUGGGGUAUCGUUGAGGAAGAUGACAGCACAGCAGUGCACGUGUUGCAGGCAUGA